CUAGGUCGUUACCUGUCGAAGAAUUAUGGUGAUCCCUAUCUAAAGAAUACAGGGUCAAUUUUUUCAACUUUGGAAAAGGUCAGUUUUCUAAAUUCAACCUGGAGGGGUUCAGACCUUCGAACCCGGAAAUCUUUUUCAUGCGAAUAAAAGGACUAUAUAAAGACGCGUGUUUCCUAUGAAAAGACAAACACUUCAACUUUUCAAGUUUACCAGUCAACAACUCCAAUUGCUACUCCAGCAUGAAUACUUUCAAAACUGUUCUAGUAAUUUGCGCAAUGUUGGGCGUUAGCGCUUCCUGCUCCAGCUCGUACCAGCCGGCUGGAAGUCAAGGAUCGCAAACGGCUGAAGCAGCGGGUGACUUUCACGGAGGAGUUACAGGUGGUAGUGGUCAGUCGUCGUCGUACGUUAGUCAGCCGGUUGUUCCGAAUAGCCCGGCGGCCUUCUCAGCUGAACAACAGAGACCAGCAGAAUCGGCAGGUCCACUAUUCGGCGCUGAAAAAGUCAGGCCAGUGAUUGCUGCUGCUGCCGCCGCUGCUGCCACAGCGCAAACUACGCAAUACAUUUGCUCUUGCAUCACCAUCAAUCCUGUGGCGACAGUUAAGCCUCAUCAUGUCCCGACUGGGGAUUCUUUUGCCCAGGCUGCUGCCCAGCAACAGACAUUCGCUUCCCAACAGGAACAACAGCAGCAGCAGCAGCAGCAACAGUCAAGUGUUGGUCCAGCUUCUUCGCAGUCCGUUCCUGUACAGCAGCAACAAUCUGCUGGUGAUAACAGAGGACAUUAUUAA